AUCACCUACACCCCGUCCACUUGGUGGCACACAACCCGCGAUGCCGAGCAGCGCCGGCAGGACGGAUUCGAGUGCUGCAUCUUCCUAUCUUCCUACGAAAGAUGGCCGCGUCAUCGACUCCCUGCCAACUCCUUGGUCACCACAGCCAGCCAUCAUGUUUCACUCGAUAACAGCCUCGGUUGCUCCCUCCAACCAAACGAUCGCAGUGGACUGGUCAUACAACGUAGUCAACUCCUCCACUCCAAACACGUCGAUCGCGGCCCCGUGCUGGAUACCGUUCCAAGUUCACGUGACUCCAGCACAUGAGCCCACCACUCUCGACGCCGCCGAGUCCAUCACGACUGUGCUGGGCCUGUGGAGUCCAACGAAUGGCGUGCAAAGAGGGCACUGGGAUGCCUCGCUGUUUCCAAACCAAACGUACACGUUUCAAGUGUUCUCGUGGCCACACAACGGCACGACCAGCCAGAUUGAAGCAAGAUGGCCCGACCACACAAUCUGCAAAUGGCUCACGAACGCGUCGUCGAAGUCGUCCCUGUCAAAUCCUCUCGUCUGGUCACGCGAAGCCCGCCGAUCAAAGUCGGACGACGACGCAAUGGACAACUCCAUCGUGCUAUUCCUCGGUGCCUGCGGUGUGAUCUCCGUGAUCUUUGUGCUUCGGUUAAUUGUGUUGAUGGUGGUGAUGCGCCACAGCAAGAUGGACCUGUUUGCGUCGCUUUCAAACGGCAACAGCCACACGCGGCCGAGUAUUUCACCGCAGCGGUCUCCCCGCCGGCAGUCCAGCAGGUGGACAAGGUCCAAGUCGCAGUCCAAGCGCGGGAUGAAGCUCGUGACAAGUGCCGCCGCGCUGUCGGACGGCCCGCCAUCGCCUCACCUCGCCAUGCAAAUCAAACUUUACAACGGAGAGUACCACCCAGAAGUCGAGCCCGUGGUCAAAGCAAUCGUUGCGGUCGAAAAGCAGUCCCAACUCGAGCUCAAGAACAAAUUGAGGACCGAAUUGCGCGAUGCCGACGUGCACGGCCACGACUUGUCCGAGGCCGAGCGCCAGCACACCAAGCACCACAAGUUUGUGAUCGACCUGCACGAUGGCGUCGAGAUGCAGCUCUUGCACAUGUGGAAACCAUCGACCAAGCCGACGCUCGUCUACGCCAACGAUCUCCUCACAACGAUUCGGUGGCAAGUGGCACGCAAACCCACCGACCGUGAAUUCGCAAGCGGCGGCCCACACACAUUGCAUUUCGUCGACGUCCACGCCAUCACGGCGUGGACGAACGCGCUGCCGCCGCCGUUUGCGGCUAAGCACCAGUGCCUGAUCGACGACGCAAGCCACAAGAACCCCAGCAUCUCAAACGAACCCAAGGCCAGUGGCUUCUUCGCUGUCAUGGUGGAGUACACCCACGCAAAAAAGCGAGGAAAAACCAAGCAAGUCAUGAUUCGAGCCCAAGACGAGAACGACCAGAUAUUCCUCGUGCAAACGCUGACAAAACUGGUCGCCUCUGCCAAGAAGCGUCGUGACCCCACGAAGCCAUCGACGAUGCCUGUGCAGGCUGCAAUGCCAGGCCCGUCGACCGCGCCAAAUCUAGCUGCGGUGGCAGCACCACCACCAGCGCAGGUCGCAGUCGCCGUGCCAUUGGUACCAUCGAUCGAUCCGGCUGAAGAACGAAAUCGCAUGGAAUGAGCAGCGGUCGCAGGGAGCCGUGCAGCGCCAUCAGCGACUACAAUCUGCAGCGCUGCACGCAGUACUAAGACGUAACACGGUGGGCACCUGCUAGAACCCAGGCGAAAAAUACCCCUUCGCACUCGUGAGUUCGUACAACGUGCCUGGCAUUUCAUCUCUAAUUUUACCCAGCGACAUGAA